UUGACGGGAAACAUGUCGGUGUGGUGGGAGCGAACCGGGAUGCAGCUGCUGCCAAGGGAGACAGGGAGUACCUGCAUCCAAUCCACACAUCAGCACCUUUAAAACCAUCAGGCUUUCCCCUCAGAUACGUCUGCUUAUGAUGCGCUCAACUGCUUCUAUUUAAAAAAACAAAAAACAUCCAUUUAAAACGAAGGGGCACCCAAUGGAUGCUGUGGCAAACCGUGUAGUCCCGCUCGGUAUCUUCAUAUUGUGUUUGAUUUAGCCUACAAUCAGAGACACCUUGAUGAAGCAGCAGGAACUACGAGGACUGUUGUUGCAAUGGAGUCGACUCUCUCACGGCUCAAACCGCGUCUGUAAACCUACAACAUCUCGUUUCAUGGCGUUUUGCAGCAGGUUGCUCUGUUCCGUGGGCUUCUCCACGUUUCUUUUCUGAAUUAUUUUGUUGUUUUUGUUGUUUUUUUAAUUUUAAUUUUUUAAGCGCAAAGGGGGGGAACAAACCGACCACUGCUCGCAAAACUAUGAACGAGGAGAUGACAAAAAGCGAGGAGCAGCAUCUUAGUUUGCAGAAAGCCUUGCAGCAGUGCGAGUUGGUGCAAAAUAUGAUCGACAUAAGUAUUUCUAGUUUGGAGGGUUUACGGACCAAAUGUGCCACAUCCAACGACUUGACACAAAAAGAGAUACGAACGCUGGAGGGGAAGUUGGUGAAGUACUUCAGCCGCCAGCUGUCCUGUAAGUGCAAAGUGGCCUUAGAGGAGCGCAGUGUGGAGCUGGAGGACUUCCCCCGCCUCGGACACUGGUUCCGGAUCGUCAACCUGAGGAAGGAGGUCACACAGGAGAUGAGCCCGGGCGAGGUGACCCUGGAGGGCCUGCUGGAGUUGAGUGAGGAGCAUGUGUGUGAGCUGCUGCAGAAGUUUGGUGCCAACGAAGAGGAGUGCGCCCGACUCAACGCCUCCCUGUCCUGCCUCAGAAAUGCCCACCAGCUCGAACAACUUGAGGAGGAUAAAUUGCACAGUAAUGGAGGGAGCCAGUCGAAGCAGGACUGGUCCAUCCAGUGGCCCACCUCUGAAUCGGGCAAAGAGAACACUCCAGUGUGCCAACCAGAGGUCAGUCAGUGGAUCCGGUACCAGCUCUCCCAAAGCCCAAAAGUCCAGUCCAAGUACAACCAGCACAUGUGCCACAGCCCCCAGGCCCUGGCCCCCCCUUUAUAUGCCGAUCGGCUGACCGUCGACAGCCCAUCCACGGGGCUCUUCCCUCCCUUGGACUUUGGUCAUCGCUCUCUGCCCCCGUCUCCCCGACAGAGGCAUUUUGGCCACACGCCUCCUCGGACUCCCUUGGUGGUAAACACCAUGACCCCGCCUGGCACCCCCCCAAUGCGGCGAAGGAACAAAGGGAAGGCCCCGGGCACGCCACCUCCACCGAGCCGCAAGCUCAUCCAUCUGCUGCCGGGCUUCACCGCACUGCACCGCAGCAAAUCCCACGAGUUCCAGAUGGGGAACCGCUUGGAUGACACACAGACACCAAAAGCCAAGAAGAAGACCAAGCCCUUGAACCUUAAGAUCCACAGCAGCGUGGGCAGCUGUGAGAAUCUGCCCACGCAGCGCUCGCCCCUCCUCACUGAACGAUCUCUGCGAUCCUUCUUCUUUCCCUCCUUCAUCCCUUCCACACCUCCUGUCCAUGCUGAAACCCCCUCUGCAAACACUCUCUCAGUGCCUCGCUGGUCCCCACAGAUUCCACGAAGAGAUCUGGGAAACUCAAUAAAACACAGGUUUUCAACCAAGUAUUGGAUGUCCCAGACAUGCAUAGUAUGUGGAAAGGGAAUGUUGUUUGGACUGAAAUGUAAAAACUGCAAGCUGAAGUGCCACAACAAAUGCACCAAAGAAGCCCCACCUUGUCAUUUAUUGAUCAUACAACGAGGAGGACGAGAAUCCCUCAAAGUCUUCCUAAGCCAGGUGUUUAUCGGAGAUGCAGGGUUGACAGGGGGAGAUAGAGAUCAACAAGGAACAACUCAAGCAGUAGCUCGUCUGGUACGGACUGAAUCAGUGCCAUGUGACAUCAACAACCCGCUCAGGUACACAGACCUGCACAUCAGUCAGACGCUCCCCAAAACCAACAAAAUCAACAAGGAUCACAUCCCUGUCCCGUAUCAGCCAGACUCCAGCAGUAACCCGUCCUCCACCACCUCCUCCACCCCGUCCUCCCCGGCUCCGCCUCUGCCCAGCAGUGCCACGCCCCCCUCGCCCCUGCAUCCCUCCCCACAGUCGGCGCGGCAACAGAAACAGUUCAACUUGACAGGCUCCAGUUAUUUCAAGUACAAACAACAGUUCAUCUUUCCCGAUGUUGCUCCAGAAGCUCCUCCAAGCAGAGCACCACAGGUCAUCCUGCACCCCGUACUGUCUGAACCAGGGAAUGAGGGCAACCCUUUACUUCAAAUCGAAGUUGAGCCUACAUCAGACAAUGAGGACGGCAAUGACGAGGAUUCCGGUGACGAGUUCGAGGAGAUGAACCUGUCGCUCCUGUCGGCGCGCAACUUCCCACGCAAGGCCAGCCAGACCAGCAUCUUCCUGCAGGAGUGGGACAUCCCGUUUGAGCAGCUUGAGAUCGGGGAGAUGAUCGGCAGGGGGCGCUUUGGCAAAGUUUUCCACGGACGCUGGCACGGUGAGGUGGCCAUCCGCCUGAUCGACAUCGAGCGGGACAACGAGGAUCAGCUCAAGGCCUUCAAGCGUGAGGUGAUGGGUUAUCGCAACACUCGCCACGAGAACGUGGUGCUGUUUAUGGGGGCCUGCAUGAGCCCACCACACCUGGCAAUCAUCACAAGCUUGUGUAAAGGAAGGACACUUUAUUCCGUGGUGCGUGAUGCCAAGGUUGUCCUGGAUGUUAACAAAACAAGACAGAUCGCACAAGAGAUGGUCAAGGGGAUGGGCUACCUCCAUGCAAAGGGGAUCUUACACAAAGAAAUGAAGUCCAAAAACGUGUUUUAUGACAACGGGAAAGUCGUCAUUACCGACUUUGGACUCUUCACCAUAUCAGGGGUUUUGCAGGCUGGCAGCCGAAGAGAAGACAAACUGAGGAUCCCCAACGGCUGGCUGUGUCACCUGGCCCCAGAAAUAAUCGAGCAGCUCUCCCCAGAGACAGAGGAGGACAAACUUCCCUUCUCCAAACAGUCGGAUGUCUUUGCCUUUGGCACCAUCUGGUACGAGUUACACGCACGUGAGUGGCCUUACAAGAGUCAGCCAGCAGAGGUGAUCAUCUGGCAGAUUGGCAGCGGGAUGAAGCCAAACCUCGCCCAAACUGGCAUGGGGAAGGAGAUAUCAGACAUUCUGCUUCUGUGCUGGGCGUACAAGCAGGAUGAGCGGCCCAGCUUCUCCAAGCUGGUAGAUUUACUGGAAAAGUUGCCAAAACGGAAUCGUCGCCUUUCCCACCCAGGGCACUUCUGGAAGUCAGCUGAGUAUGUCAAAUGAGUUAGGGACACAAAACAACAAACAAUCAGCAACUAUAUAAAAAAAAUAUGCCGCCAUUACUCUUCAUAAAUAACCCAUCUCCUUAAAGAAUGCACUGAAUCCAAAAGCCAGCCCAGUGAUGAAAACUGCCCGUGCUGUGUGUACUUUCAUGGAAUGUUGGCAUGUGUGUGUACAGAGACUGUCAGGCUUCUCAAAGCAGUCGGGACUCAUAUUUCCUUUGGUUUGAUUUGAACCAUACUAGAUAUUUUUUCCUUUAUCUUUUUUGUCUUUUACUAUUGACUUGAUCCCUUCAUUAUAUUUGAUUUGAUUUUGUGGAUGUAUCUUGCUUGUAACUUUUGACUGAUCACAUCAUCCUGGACUUUAAAAAAAAAUAUGUUUGAGAUCAAAUGUAGAUUUAUUUUCCAAUGUCUUCUUGUGUUCUGCUUUGAAUGAAUGUAACUGUUGUACAUCACACAUUGUAUAUAUUCAUAGCAUUGUCUUGCCAUUCCUUAUGUCUGUCAACUGUGUAGAUCAUUUUGUCACUGUUACCUCAUGGUCUCUCAUGUGUGGAUGUCUGAAUAAGCUACAUGUUUGUCUCAAAAGCUUUAUUUAACUUUCAAAAAUGGUCCUCUUAUUUACACCGUACCAUUUGAAUGUGAAGAGGCCAGCAUCCCUGUUUGUGUAGGGAUGUGUUGGCACCGUUCUUUGAUGGGAGAAUGUUCUCUCUUGAAUAUUGCCUUUGAACAUAAGUGAGAUGUUUGAACAAUAAGAGUCUUUGGGGGGGAAAGCCAGUCAGACCAGGACUUCCUCACUUGACGCUGUUCUGAGAAAUCGCUGACACUUGAAAUGUAUCUCAUCAACUAAUUACCCUUUAGAUAUGCUAUCACUGAGCCCCCUAAACCCCCAUCACCCAUUUAUAAAUGCAUAUUAUUUUUACAUUAACUGAAAUGUUUUCUGAUUAGUGUAUGAAAUGGUUUAUUAUAAUAGUUUGGAAACGUUAAGACGACCUAUUGCUGGGUCUGAGGACCAGAAUCAUUUAGAUCUUCACAGGAAAAUCAUGUGACUGUUAGACGGGUAAAGGGAGCACACAACCUUUGAAAGGAAACACAAAAACUCAGAGAAGAAGUCCUCCUUUGUUUGGCACAUGGUCAAAUUAGUUUGGAGCUGCUCAAAAGCAGUGUUGUAGUCAGGUUGAAUUUACAUUCAUUCAGCCUCAACUAGAAUUAUUUUUCCAAAGAUUAUUAAACUUAUAUUCCUUUAACUUUGCUUUGACGCAUUUCCUCAAAUACCUAUAAGGCACACAUUGAAGGUAAAAGUUAAUGUUUAUUUUAUAUAGUACGCUUGAAGUUAGUUAUUAAUAAAUCAGGAAUUUUCAUACUAAGUUACUCAGUUCAAGUGAAAGACAUGUCCACUGAAAUCAAUUAAUUUUCAGUUUAUUUAAUAAAACAAAGGUCUAGUACAUGCAUAUAGUGCAAAGGUACUCUUGAACAAACACACACACACAUUUACAGACACUUACAUGUUCUUCUAUCAUGAGGACCGUCAUUGACAUAAUGCCUAACCCUAACCCUACACUUACCUUAGCCAUCACAACUAAAUGCCUACCACAGCCCUUACCUUAAUAUUACCUUAACCUAAGCCUCAGUCCGACCAAAGUCUUAACCCUCAAACAGGUCUUUAGAAGAAGUGAGGACCGGAAAAAAUUUCCUCACUUUUCAAACGGUCCUCUCUUUGUAGCAAGAACAAACACACACACACACACACACACACACAUACAUAUACAAAGAAAGAAAGUAAAGACAAAUAUGAUUUUUAGUUGGAACACACCUUGAAAAUGAAUUGCAAGUCUUUAUUCUAUAUAUUAAUACGUAUAUCAUAAGUUAUUUUUAACUUACAGGUAUCGGUAAUCUUUUAGCAAACAAAAUCGUUUUUAAUAAUGCUUCUUCUUGACUACAACACUGCCGAGAAAAGUGACUCUGGAGGACAAAUUAAUCACAAACUUGCCUUUUUGUUUUUUUAAAUCUUAAUUUGUUUCAUUUAAACAAAGCAAAUUAUUGAGUUAUUGGAUUAUAAAGUUACAGUAAAAACAAAGUAACUUCAAUCUGGCUGAACUUUCCCUUCCACAUACUGUAUCACAAAAGACAUAUCACAAUGCUAAAGACCACCCCAGGCCAUUUUUCUACUUUCUACUAUAUAUCAUUAUAUAUUUUAAAUGUGUGUUAUAAAGAUAUAACAAGUCUGAGUCAUAUCAUCAUGAAUUGGAAGCUUUGGCGUCAUUUGAGCUGUAUACUGCUUUUGAUUCUCUCUAGCCACGUGGAAUAUAUAGAGACAAUCCAAUCAUGUUUAAUAGCCAUUUUCAAUUCAUUAUAUACACAUCUGCCAGUGUUGGAAAAUGCAUACAAACAAUCUGCUGCUGUUUUUGGAGUCUGUCUAUUUUGGAAUUGCUGGGAUUCAAAUAUUGUAAGUGGAUCAUUUAUAUUUGUACUGUUUACAACUUUCAAGUGCAUGAGUUGGACUAUCAAAGAUUGAUUAUUGUUAUGAAAAAAAAUCCUUCUACACUAUAUAUAUAAAAGUUAUGUGAGCAUUUUUCUGAUGAACUGUUGUCCAUUGAGCAGUUGGAUCUCAAUACCUAAUGAAGUUUUACGUCAGGCUUUGCCAAACUUUUCAACAGCUUUGUUUGACAGAAUGGUUGUUUCAGAAUAUUUAUAGAUUAUAUAAUUGAUUAGACUAGCAUUUAAAUAAGAUAAAAGGAGUUGCGGCCUGUGCACAUGCUAGAGUUGAAAACAACCUGACUGGACAACAAUCAAAGAUCUAACAUUAGUGCCAAGUGUACAUAACCGAUUGUAGACUAUGUUUUAUCGUCACUUGCAGUAAUAUCAAUAUCCUUGUGAAUUGUUUUGACUUCUUUCUUUUGAAUGUACGAAUUGUGUUGUGUUUUUUUGUUGUUUCUGUUAUCAGUUCAUUUAAACUUAUUAUCAUUUUCCUUCUACUUGCAUAAACAUUGAUGCUGUGUUGUUUCUUUUCCUUGAUUCCGUCCUUGUAUUGUAGAUGAUAGCUCCAAACAGCUUGUAUUUAAUGAUGCCUUAUGGUCCAUGGCUUAGUGAUGGUUAUAUUUUGACCACAAGCUCUUUUAUUUGCACUCAUCCUUUACAAAGUGUAUGACAAUAAAAAUAUGUUUUCAUUUUGAA